AUGCGGGUCCUUGUCCAUCUCCCAGCCCUUGUAGCUUCGCUGACCUUGCUCCAGGUUGCAGCGUCCGCCUCAAGAGAGCAAUCUCCCAGGACUACUGCCAUCUCUGAUGCUGUGAAUCAGGUCAAGGUCCAAGUCAACAAGGCCUUCCUGGAAUCCCGAACCAGGCUGAAGACGGCCAUGACCUCUGAGGCGCCCACCACUCGACAACUCUCCAAGUACCUCAAGCAUGCCAAAGGCCGGACGCGCACGGCCAUCCGCAACGGGCAGGUGUGGGAGGAGUCCUUAAAGAGACUGAGGCGGGAAGUGGCCUUGACCAACACCACAGACCCCGGCCUGGACUUGACUGCACUCUCUUCGGAGGUGGGCUGUGGGGCCUCUGUUCCUGUGGUGGAAUGCGACGAGAACAGCCCUUACCGCACCAUUACGGGAGACUGUAAUAACAGGAGGAAUCCCGCGCUGGGCGCCGCCAACAGGGAGCUGGCGCGCUGGCUGCCGGCUGAGUACGAGGACGGGCUCUCCCUGCCCUUCGGGUGGACGCCGGCGAAGACGCGGAACGGCUUCCCUCUCCCGCUGGCCCGUGAGGUAUCCAACCAGGUUAUAGGAUACCUGACUGAGGAUGUGCUGGACCGCGACAGAUCCCUGCUCUUCAUGCAGUGGGGUCAAAUUGUGGACCACGAUCUGGACUUUGCUCCCGAAACCGAGCUGGGGAGCAGUGAGUACUCCAAGACGCAGUGUGACGAGCACUGUAUCCAGGGAGACAACUGUUUCCCCAUCAUGUUCCCGCCCAAUGACCCCAAGCUGAAGACUCAAGGGAAGUGCAUGCCUUUCUUCCGAGCCGGGUUUGUCUGCCCCACUCCACCUUACCAGUCCCUGGUCCGAGAGCAGAUCAAUGCUCUGACCUCCUUCAUGGACGCCAGCUUCGUGUACGGCCCUGAGCCCAGCCUGGCCAGCCGCCUCCGCAACCUCAGCAGCCCCCUGGGCCUCAUGGCCGUCAACCAGGAGGUCUGGGACCAGGAUCUGGCCUACCUGCCCUUUGUCAGCAAGAAGCCGAGCCCCUGCGAGUUCAUCAACACCACUGCCCGCGUGCCCUGCUUCCUGGCAGGGGAUUCCCGAGCCUCGGAGCAGAUCCUGCUGGCUACUUCCCACACCCUCUUUAUCCGAGAACACAACCGGCUGGCCAGAGAACUAAAGAAACUCAAUCCUCAGUGGGAUGCAGAGAAGCUUUACCAGGAAGCCCGGAAAAUCCUGGGAGCCUUCGUGCAGAUUAUCACCUUUAGGGACUACCUGCCCAUUGUGCUAGGUGAUGAGAUGCAGAAGUGGAUCCCUCCAUACCAAGGCUACAACAAAAAUGUGGAUCCCCGAAUUUCCAAUGUCUUCACCUUCGCCUUCCGCUUUGGCCACUUGGAGGUCCCCUCUACUGUGUUCCGCCUGGAUGAGAAUUAUCAGCCAUGGGGGCCAGAACCAGAGCUCCCCCUGCACACCCUCUUCUUCAACACCUGGAGGAUGGUCAAAGACGGUGGAAUUGACCCUCUGGUGCGGGGCCUGCUGGCCAAGAAGUCCAAGUUGAUGAAUCAGAAUAAAAUGAUGACAGGAGAGCUGCGCAACAAGCUUUUCCAGCCCACUCACAAGAUCCACGGCUUUGACCUGGCUGCCAUCAACAUACAGCGUUGCCGGGACCACGGGAUGCCUGGGUACAACUCCUGGAGAGGCUUCUGUAACCUCUCACGACCCCAGACGUUGGAGGAGCUGGACGAUGUGCUGAAGAACAAGGGGCUGGCUAAGAAGUUACUGGAUCUCUACGGGACCCCUGACAACAUUGACAUCUGGGUGGGGGGCAUUGCUGAGCCCCUGGUAAAAAGGGGCCGGGUGGGGUCUCUCCUGGCCUGCCUCCUGGGGAAGCAGUUCCAGCAGAUCCGCGAUGGAGACAGGUUCUGGUGGGAGAACCCUGGGGUCUUCACUGAGAAGCAGCGGGACUCUCUACAGAAAGCGUCCUUCUCACGCCUUGUCUGUGACAACACUCACAUCACCAAGGUCCCACUGGACCCAUUCCGGGCCAACAGCUACCCCCACGGCUUUGUGGACUGCUCAGCCAUUGAGAAGCUGGAUCUCUCACCCUGGGCCUCAGUGGAGAAUUAGGGGCCUGGAC